UUCUCUCAUUUCCAAAACAAAACACAAAAAAAAAAAAAAAAAAAAAAAAAAAAAAAUGUCAACGAAAGAAGAAACGACGGUGAUCAUCGUCGGCGCCGGUCCGGCGGGCCUCGCCACUUCUGCAUGUUUAAAUCGUCUCUCCAUUCCAAACAUUUUGCUCGAGAAAGACGACUGUUAUGCUUCCAUGUGGAAGAAAUACGCGUACGAUCGCCUCCAUCUUCACCUUGCCAAGAACUUUUGUGAGCUUCCCCAUUUCCAUUUUCCGGCGACUGCUCCGACCUAUGUUCCGAAAAAACAGUUUAUAAGUUACUUGGACCAGUACGUUGAAAAUUUCAAGAUCACCCCUCGGUGCAAAAGGGCGGUGGAAUCGGCGGCGUAUGAUGAGGGUGCCGGAAAGUGGAAGGUGACGGCGAGAAUGGCGGAUUCCGGCGAGGUGGAGGAAUAUUCCGGGAGUUUUCUGGUGGUGGCCACCGGCGAAGCAAGUAUCCCGUUUAUCCCUGAGGUAAAGGGUGUUGAGAGAUUCGCGGGGGAGAUUAUCCACUCUACGCAGUAUAAGAACGGCGAGAAGUAUAGAAACAAGAGAGUGCUGGUGGUGGGUUGCGGGAAUUCCGGCAUGGAAAUUGCUCUUGAUCUAAGCAAUUACGGUGCUAAAACCUCCAUCGUCGUCCGGAGCCCGUUUCACCUUAUAACAAGAGAAAUGGGAUACUUGGCGCUAACGAUAAUGGUGAAGUAUCACAUGCCGUAUUGGAUUGUCGACUCGGUCCUGCUGUUACUUAGCAAGCUUUUAUAUGGAGACACAGCCAAAUAUUAUGGGGUGAAAAGGCCAAAAGAGGGUCCCUUUACAGCCAAAGUCAAGGACGGAAGAUACCCCAUCUUCGACGUCGGAACCCAUGAUAAGGUCAAGUCCGGUCAGAUUCAGGUGUUGCCUGCGAUAGAAUCCAUCAAUGGCUACGAUGUUACAUUUUUGAAUGGGAUCUCACAUCCAUUUGAUGCUAUUGUGUUUGCUACUGGCUUCAAAAGAUCCACCAACAAAUGGCUUCAGGGAGAUGAUUAUCUGUUAAAUGAGGAUGGGCUUCCAAAUCCAGAAUUCCCCAUGCAUUGGAAGGGCAAAAAUGGGUUGUAUUGCGCGGGGCUGGCUAGGAGAGGACUGUAUGGGAUUUCUUUCGAUUCCCAAAGCAUAGCCAAUGACAUCAAAACCCUGCUGUAAUAAUAAUAUAUAUAUAUAUAUAUAUAUAUAUUCUCUUAGCUUUUUCCUUUGUUGUUGUGAUCAAAACCAUUAUUAUAUGAUGAUAUGUAAUAAAACCUAAUGUUUGAUGGUAAGCCAACCAGCUCGCUUGCAGCGCAUGCAUUCUCUUGUUUGGCUUGCUGAAUAUGUAUGCACCUUUAGUUUGUAUAAUUUUAUUUUGAAUAAAAGAGAUGGUUUAGUUAUGUUA